CAUCACCGCACGCCGCGGCCCGGCGACCAUGGCGGAGGUGGGCCGGGCGGCCGUGCGCGACCCCGCGGCUGGGCUGCCGGGCGGCUUCUGGGCGGCGGUGUCCGUGUGGCUGGAGAGGCCGCAGGUGGCCAACAGGCGGCUGUGCGGGGCGCGGGUGGACGCGCGGGGGCGCCUCGAGCUGCCGGACCCCGGGCCGGGGGCUGCGGGGGGGGAGCCGCCGCCGGCGGAGACCUCGGACCCCGCGCCAGGGGCCGGAGGGGGACACCCACCCUGCGAGGGCCCCGGGCCAGUGACCGGAAGGGGACACCCACCCUGCGAGGGCCCCGGGCCAGUGACCGGAAGUGGACACCCACCCUGCGAGGGCCCCGGGCCAGUGACCGGAAGGGGACACCCACCCUGCGACGGACCCGGGCCAGUGACCGGAAGUGGACACCCACCCUGCGAGGGACCCGGGCCAGUGACCGGAAGGGGACACCCACCCUGCGAGGGCCCCGGGCCAGUGACCGGAAGUGGACACCCACCCUGCGAGGGCCCCGGGCCAGUGACCGGAAGUGGUCACCCACCCUGCGAGGACCCCGGGUCUGCGGCCGGAAGUGGACACUCACCCUGCGAGGAGCCCGGGCCAGUGACCGGAAGUGGACACCCACCCUGCGAGGGCCCCGGGCCAGUGGCCGGAAGUGGACACCCACCCUGCGAUGGCCCCGGGCCAGUGGCCGGAAGUGGACACCCACCCUGCGAGGGCUCCGGGCCAGUGACCGGAAGUGGACACCCACCCUGCGAGGGCCCCGGGCCAGUGACCGGAGGUGGACACCCACCCUGCGAGGGACCCGGGCCAGUGACCGGAAGUGGACACCCACCCUGCGAGGGCCCCGGGCCAGUGACCGGAAGUGGACACCCACCCUGCGAGGGCCCCGGGCCAGUGACCGGAAGUGGUCACCCACCCUGCGAGGACCCCGGGUCUGCGGCCGGAAGUGGACACUCACCCUGCGAGGAGCCCGGGCCAGUGACCGGAAGUGGACACCCACCCUGCGAGGGCCCCGGGCCAGUGGCCGGAAGUGGACACCCACCCUGCGAGGGCCCCGGGCCAGUGGCCGGAAGUGGACACCCACCCUGCGAGGGCUCCGGGCCAGUGACCGGAAGUGGACACCCACCCUGCGAGGGCCCCGGGCCAGUGACCGGAGGUGGACACCCACCCUGCGAGGAGCCCGGGCCAGUGGCCAGAAGUGGACACCCACCCUGCGGGGGCCCCAGGCCAGUGACCGGAAGUGGACACCCACCCUUCGAGGAGCCCGGGUCUGUGGCCGGAAGUGGACACCCACCCUGCGAGGACCCCGGGCCAGUGGCCGGAAGUGGACACCCACCGUGCGAGGACCCCUCGGACCCCGGGCCACACGGCGACCCCCCGGGCCCCCUCCUGGCGUCGCUCUGGGCCGCCGCGUCCCGCGACCUGGCCGCCCACCCCGGGGCGCUGACCUUCCUCUCCGGCCCCCGCGGCCCCCCGCGCCCGCUCGCCGUGGACGUGGCCCUGAGAACCAUCGUCCCCAAGCCGCGCCCGCGCCGCCCGCCCGCCCGCGCCCGCCGGGACCUGGUCGUGCAAGACGUGGCGCGUGGAGCCGUGACGUUCCUGCCUCUGGAGGAAGGCGGCGACGGGCAGCUGAAGGUCGAGACCGGCAACCUGCACCAGAUCCGGCUCAGCCGUGACGACCGCGGAGAAUGGUUCAUAUCCGUCCUGCUCUUCCGUCCGGAGAGCUGGCGCUCGGACGGGGCCGUCUACCCGCCGCCGGCCUGGCUCGGGGCGCAGCUGCCGGCACGGCUGGCCAGGUGGUGUGCGGGGCCCCGGGGCAGCGGGCUCCCCCGCACCCUGUCGCUCAUCUGCGUGGCCCGCUACGGCGAGACGUACCGGCGGCUCAAAGACAAGCACGAGGCGCUGGUGAAGGUGUGGCCCGAGGCGACCGACCCCGAGAAGUUCGUGCACGAAGACGUGGCCAUCGCCGCGUACCUGCUGGUGCUGUGGGAGGCCGAGCGGCGCGGCGGGGAGGCCAAGCAGAGCUUCGUGGACCUGGGCUGCGGCAACGGGCUGCUGACCCACAUCCUGCGCGGCGAGGGGCACCCUGGCCGAGGCCUGGACGUGCGCCGGAGGAGGAUCUGGGACCUGUACGGACCGCAGACGCGCCUGGAGGAGGCUGCCAUCACACCGAGCGAUGACACGCUCUUCCCCGAGGCCGACUGGCUGCUGGGGAACCACUCGGACGAGCUCACGCCCUGGAUCCCCGUCAUCGCGGCCAGGUCCGCCUACCGCUGCCGCUUCUUUCUGCUGCCCUGCUGCUUCUUUGACUUCGGCGGCCGCUUCUGCCGCCGGCAGAGCGGGAGGACCCAGUACCGCGAGUACCUGGACUUCCUGCGGGACGUGGGGGAGGCCUGCGGCUUCCGCGUGGAGGAGGACUGUCUGCGGAUCCCCUCCACCAAGAGGGUCUGCCUCGUGGGGAGGGCCAGGACCUACCCCCCCUCCGCAGAGCCGGCGGCCGACGCGAGGCGCACCCGCUACAUCCAGAGCCGGCCGCCCCCCCAGGCCCAGGGACCCCCAGCCGCCACGGCCGAAGGCGUAGCCCGAUCCCCCGAGGGGUCCGCCGCACCCUGGCUGUCGGGCUUCCGGCCGCGGGAGAGGGUCCAGCGGGUGCGGAACUGCGCCGCCCUCCCCCACGCCUUCAGGGACCGCGUGGUGUUGCGGGUGGCCACCCUGCUGCUGGGGGCCCCGGGGGCCGAGCACGGGGAAGACCCGCAGGCCUGGAACCCCGGAGGGAGCCUGACGCUGGCUGAGGUCGCGGGUGCGUUGGGCGGGGACACUCUGCAGGCCCUGAAGCGGGAGUGCGGGGGCCUCCAGACGCUGCUGCGCACCUGCCACCAGGUGUUCCGAGUGGCCGCCGGGCGGGUGCACAUCCGGGACUGGCGAGCGGAGCCAUCGAGGGAGCCGGACGCCGCGGGCUCGCGGGCCUCCGCCUUCAAGACGCGGCCCUGCUGGUUCUUCGCCCACCACCCGCAGGGCUGCCCCCUGCCCGCGCCCGCCUGCCCCUUCGCCCAUGGCCCCGAGGAGCUGCGGCCCCCCCAGCUGCGGCCCCCCCGCUGGAAGCAGGGCCCCUGAGGGUGCCCCCCCAACGGCAUCUGGAGGGCCCCCCACCCUGGGAGGCUCUGGCUGCGCUGUGUGUCGGGCGGCUGGGGCAGGAGCCCUGGGUGGACGCGAACUCCCAGGGGUGCAGCAGACGCCCACCUGGGGCUCCGGCCGGGUCCGUCCCCAGCGCCACCAUCCGCCAGAGCGCAGCAGGGCUCUGGGCGCUGUCUGUCUGUCCUUCAAUAAAAUAAACUGGCUGAGGA